AUGGACGAGCAACGUUGGGAAGAAUAAAGAAAGCAGCUACUUAUGUAGCUCACUCAUUCCAUUCAUAAUUUUGGAGAGUUUAAAGCAAUGAAAGACAGUCAUAAGAAACUUGAGAGUAGAGUUGAAGGGAUAGAUUCUUGGAAAGCACAUGUCGCUGGGCAGUUAUAGAAUGAAUUAGUCUACCAGAAAGAGUUGAAUACCCUAAUCGAGAUAGUCAAAAAGGAGUAAACAGCUAUGAUUAAGGUACAUUUCGAGAACUAUUAGAAGACAAUUGUUAAGCAAAUUAGCGGGAAAGUUGACUAGGAAGACUAUAAGAAAGACAUGCAGAAUAAGGUCGAAUCUAAUGAAUUCAAGAAUGAGGUUCAGAAGCUUAAAAAUACGAUGCAAUUAAUGUAGGAGUCUGGAGGAAACGGUGGAAAUAAAAAUAGCAUCAAUAGUGGACUUAAGGUUCUCAUUCGCUAGGAAACUGAGAAAAAGGCUGAUUUGGAAUAUGUAGAGGAAUUGUUAAAGACAAAAGCUAAUCAGGAUUUCGUUUAGGAAAUCCUGGAGAGACUUAAUAACCUAGAGAGCUAAGUCUAUAAACCCAAGACUAGAAGCAAGAGUUCUCACUACUUCCACGAUUAGGAUGAUGAGCAAAGUGAUAACCCCAAUAAGGAGGAAAUGCAAGAAUUUCUUAAAAGUCCUCGACACCAAUUAUCUACUAUCGAUUCCCCAAUUAAGUACAAACAAUCACCCAUUAUGCCUACAAGCAAUGUUAACAAUAGCAUGAUGACCGCUCAGAUUAACACUACAGUUAUCAACUCUCCUUCUAUAAGAGACAAGAUGUCUGAUGUGAGAUAAAACCAAGGUAUCAUUAACAUUCAAAAGCAGCUUGAAUUGAUUGAAGAAAGUAAGAAAAAAAUGGAAAAACUCAAGAAAAUUGACAAAGUUUGGAGUGAAGUAAACAUAAUGAAAAAGAAGUUUGAGGAGAUGAUGGUUAACUAAACCAGAGCCUAUAGUUACUAUGAUGAUAAACUUAGAGAAUUCCUUGGAUCUGUAGAUUCAGUAGAAAAGCUGGAAAGGAAACUAUUAGGAGGAAUGUAGUAAAUAGAUCAGAUCAAGGUGUUAUAAGUGGCAAUAGACUCAGUAAAAGAAGCAUUCAACAUUUAGUUUGAGGAGUUAAGGAAAUCUUCAGUGCAUAAGCUUGAAUCAUAACUAUAGAAAGUUGUUCAUGCUAAUACCAGAUGUGAUGUAUUAGAGCAGAGACUUUCAUUCUUAACUGAUCUAGUGAAGAGGCAUGUACCUGGCUUUGAAAAAGAAAAGAGCUUACAUGAUAACUCAAAUCAUAACAUCGAGAGUAGAUUUAAAAACAUAGAAAACAACCUUUAAACAGUUAAUACGAAUCUGAGUGGUGCUAUAAUCCACAUAGAUGAAGAGAUCAAAUCUAUAAAGCAACCAAUAUGGGAUAGUUUGCAACGACUUUCAAGAGAGAAUGACUCAUUAUAAAGAGAGCUGGAUAGACAGUAAGACCUAUAUCGUAAAAUGGUGAGUGAAUUCUAAAGGACAAGUAGCAAAUUACCUUCUAUUGAUUUCAACAAAUAGGCUGCAAUUAUAAAAUCACUGUCAACCUAGAAUUCACCUAGAAGUUUCUCAGAAAUAUCGUAACUUGCUAAAGCUCUCCAUGAGGUUAAAAGACUUGAAGUGAGUGAAGAUAAGAUUGCUUAUAGUCUGAAGAAGUUUAAUGAUCUGAAUAGUAGUACCAAAAAAUCUAAAAUCAUUAAGGGCACAAGCAGUCUUGAUAAGUAUUCAGCAAGUGAAUAAAAGAGAAAGUCAUCUGACAAAUAUCUUAAUUAGACUUCUAUCGCCAACUUUAAUUCAAAAAUAAAUCUUGAUGAUCCAACUUAAAUGCUGAACCCACCUUCAGGAAUUGGGCACUAUGGCCCUAUGCUUGGUCGAGUUGGUCAAAAUUUCCAAUUUUAGACUAUUAACAACAGUCUUCAGUAGCUUGAUAACUCAAUGGUGAAAUAAUAGCAGAAAAAGAAAAAUGAAACCCUUACUCCUUCUCAAUUCUUUAAUGAUGAUAACAAUAAUGCUAAUAACAGCUUUAAUGGGACUAAAGAUAACGGUAAUAAUAUGGUCGCAAGUAAUCAAGAUAUUGAACAAGAUAUUAAGAUAAACACAAAUAUUUGA